AUGUGUGAGAAGCUAAGUGAUUUACUCAAGUGCUGCGAAGAUUCAUACGAUGAAAUCACUUACAUCUCCCUUAGAAACAAAAUUCUUAUUGGGAUUGGAAACAAAUGGUCUUUUAAUGAUCUUAUCAGUGCAAUUUCUGGGCCUAAAAUAGAUUAUUGUAAGUACAAAUUGUUAGUUGAAGUUUUGGAGAGGAGAGAGGGAUGGAAUACAAAUAUAUCUCAGUUAAUAGGCAUGCUACAGGUACAAGAUGAAGAGGGGACGCUAUGUGAACUAAAAUUAUCACUGAUUUAUCUUUUAACAACCUGCUUUGAUCCGCUAGAUCCGGAAAUUGUUUCAAAUUUUACCGUGUUUACAGUUGUGUUAAAUGAUAUAUUUGACAAAAUACACAUUGGUUCAUUGAAGUUUUUACACAGAAACAUUUUCCUUUCCGCACUAACGAAACUAAUAGACGCAUAUCAAAUAGUUAAAGAUAACAAUACUGAUAAUAUUGUGAUUGAUAACGCAUUGAAUGCCGAGUUUUGUUACAAAUUAUGCAAUCAAAUUAGGGGGGAGAAGGAUCCAAGAAAUUUAUUAAUAAUGUUCCCCCUUCUAAAAAAACUAUCAAUAUAUUGUUCAGACACAGCCAAAAAUGGUGCAGAUAUAUGCAAUGACAUAUCCCAAAUGUUACUCACGUACUAUCCAAUAAAUUUCAAACCUCCAAAACAUGCACCGCAGUCAAUCACUGAAAAUGACUUGAUUAUUGCACUAAAUAAUGCGCUUUCAUCUCAAUUCCUCUGGAGAUACGUAAUUGAUGUAUUCAUUGACGGUUUAUAUGGCGCUGAAAUCACUGAUGAUGAGGCACUAGAGUUUCUGGACAAAAACGUUCAAACAAUAGUUUAUUGUCUCCCACAUUAUGGCCAUGAAUGUGCUUUGAAAUAUCUGCCACAGGCUGUGGAAGCUCUGGCUAGUGAAUGUUUUUUAUCCGCCGCACAAUUUAGUGUAAUUCCAACAAAUGAUGUACCUAUAGAUAUUGAAUAUGAGAUUGGACCAAAUUUGGAAAAUUGUCAAAGGAUAAUAUUGUUGCCACAAUGGAUCCCCGGUAAGAAACAACGGCUACUUUCUGAUGUUUUACAGGCAUUUCUUCAAAACAUACCGCCAUAUUCUGAAUGUAGUGAAGGCAUAUGGAAUAGUAUUAAUUUUUUGUUGGAAAGGGCUAAAAAUUCAAUAUUAUCCCACAAUAACGAUUUACUGGCCUCUUUACAUAUUGUUAAAACUGUUGCCAGUUCAUCGCCUCUCUGUAUUGCUAAAAAUAUUUCAGAAUUUUUACACAAUAUUAUUACACAAAUUCCCAUAAAGAUGGAAAAUAUGGGGAAAAUCGCACAGUUGAUAGCAGUUUCAAUUCUCUAUAAUAAUAAAUCAGGUAAAAUAAUGGCCGAUACUGCCAGUAAGUUGUGUGAUAUAUUAAAAUUUAUCGAAUCUACCGUAUGCGAUGACGUGACGUCAUUUAUAGAUAUAAUACAAGUAAUCAGUACACUUACACUACCGGAUAAUUUUGUAUAUUCUGUUUGCCAAAAAGUCAAUAAAAUGGCCCACUUUGGAGCGCAUUCUGAAGAUAUAAUUGUAAAUUUAUCACAACAAAAGGGGUCUAUCCAUUUUUUAACAAAAUUAUUUGAAUCUCUAUCUGAAUCGCUAUUACAUGCAAAAUGCUCCAACCAAACUACGUCCAUAGAAACAGAAGGAUCUUUGUCAUUGAAUGUUGAAAAGGCUGAUCUCUUUUUCAACUACCUAUCUCAAAACACAACGCUACUCAGAUAUUCUCACCAAAGUUUAUCUAGCCUAUAUAAUAAAUUAAACGAUGAAUUGUGUAUUAAAAGGAUUUGCUUCAUAUGGACGAUAAGUGCCAUGGCUACUAGAAAUCCGGAUGACUAUUACUGGUACAAAUAUGCCAAAUCGCUGAGUUCAAUUGAUCAAACGGUAGAGCGCUGGAUUUGCCAAAUUUUGUCUAGUGAAUUAAUUUCCAAAAGUGAAUUCCGGGAGCUUUUGGAUGAUAUUAGCGAUAGUUUUAGCUGCAAAAUUCUUGAUCAUAUACUAGAUACAUACCGUGAUAACAUGUUGAAAUUGAUAUUCAUUCCCUGGCUUGAAAGACAUUACAAUACACAACACUACAAUUCAGCUGAAAUUAUACUACAGGAAUUGAAGGUUCAUAAUCAUAUAUAUCACAAUUAUGAACUACAGUUAUCACUGCUACCAAUUUUUUUCAAAUAUCCGAAUGAAUUUCUUACUAUUAAUUAUAAUAUGGGUGCGCAAUUAUUUGGAUUGGUUAAGCAAUCAGAGAUUACUGCAACUGACUUAUGGAGUAAAUAUAUUAAUGACAUAAUUAUUGUCGGUAAAUUCGGCGAGAUUUUGAGUGCUUUACCAGAUAUGUUGGACGAACUAUGCCCAUUACGUAUAAUUCCCGGGGAGACAUGGCAAAUUGUUUUGGACACUUGGAUCAACCCUAAAAACUAUCACAAAUCGCUAAGAAUAACACAAAAUGUGACAAGAGAUUUGAAUAGUGUGUUGCUAGAUAAAAUUUACUAUAUCGACUCUAUUAGUUGUGUACAGCGCAUUUCAUUCGCAAAUUCAAUACUGUGCAAUCUUAAUGAACAUUUACUUAAAUUUGCUAAUGAAUAUACAAUUGAUGCGCAUAGAUCGUUGAUUAGAUUGUUAUCCUCAAUCCCCAUCAGUGAAAUCGAUCAGAAAUGGAUAAACAUAAUAUUUCAGUCCAUUACACUAGUACAUUCAGAUUGGGAUGAUUUAAGACUGUUAUGCCUUCUAGCUAAGUUGGCACGAUGCAAGAUGUUAAACUCGUGUUUAAAAGCAUCUGGUACUCUUGAAACAGUUGUAAACUAUUGCAUAAAAAGGAGGGGCAUGUCACUAUCAAGGACGAUCUCUCUGUUGAUUGUUAAAGAAAUUUGGAGUUUAAUAAAUUCUUCGCCGGAGGAUAAUUUGUGUAGAGUGGUGGUAGAUUAUGUUGGAAAGUGUGGUAAGGAUUCGCACAGGAGAGUAAGGCGAAUGGCAUUAUCCACAAGACAAACUGUCAAAUUAAACAGCAUGUAG